AUGUGUGUCGUGGACAUGUGGCGCUCGCACUCCGUCCCCGUGUGUGUGUGUGUGCUGCUGCAGAGCCUGGUGCUGAUGGCGUUGUGCUCCCCGUCCGCCAGCCUGUGCCCCAAGGGCUGCUCCUGCCUGCGCACCGACACACACAACACACACCUGCGCACGGACGCGCACGCGCACACACACACACACACACCGCACGGCCUCAACGUCACCUGCAGCCGCUCCCGCCUCAAGGAGAUCCCGCGCGACCUGCCGGCCGAGACGGUGCUGCUGCGGCUCGACCACAACCACAUCUCGGCCAUCCCCGAGCGCGCCUUCGCCGGCCUGCGGCUGCUGCGCGAGCUCAACCUGUCGGGCAACGCGCUGGAGACGCUGGGCGAGAGCGCCUUCUCUGGCCUGGAGGCGUCGCUGCAGCUGCUGGACCUGUCGCACAACCGCAUCAGCAGCGUGCACAAGGACGCCUUCUCGCGGCUGCUCGGCUCGGCGCGCAUCGUGGUGGAGGACAACCCGUGGCACUGUGACUGCGCGCUCCAGCAGCAGCAGGCCCUGGUGGGCGUCGGCAUGGCGAUGGCGACGCACAACAACAACCACGAGGCCGCCACCAGCACGACGCGCGUGCUCUGCCGCAGCACGGAGCCGCGCGACCACGACGGACAGCCCUACAUGGCCGUGGACGCCGAGCUGUGCAACCUGGCCAAGCGCACCACGGACUACGCCAUGCUGGUCACCAUGUUCGGCUGGUUCGCCAUGGUGAUCUCCUACGUGGUGUACUACGUGCGGCAGAACCAGGAGGACGCCCGCCGACACCUCGAGUACCUCAAGUCGCUGCCCAGCAAGCCCAAGAGACCCGACGACCCCGAGGACAUCACCACGGUGGUGUGA